GACAGUGCUAAGAGGACAAAGAGGAGAGACAUUUCAUGUGACAGACAAGGCAUUUCGUCUUUCUGCACACUUUGAGUCCACUGUGUAACCGAUACACUGGUCCAGCAGCUAUCUGCAUCUGUAACCUCGGUGAAUUCCUGCACCGAGUCACGCCGAGGCAGAAGGCGCGUCGGUCUCCUCACCGCUGUCUGGUAACGUCUCUACCAUGAGCCAGAGGUUUACGGUCACCGCUUUCUCAAAAGAUGAAGACAACUGUCGUCUGUCAGGCAGGAAAGGAGAGAUAAACCAGCUGUUUGAGGGCGAUGAAGCCACUCCGGGGUCCUCAGACAAAGGAGGCGCUGCCCAGGAGCAGGAAGUGGAUAAAGGUGAUGGUAACCCCAAGGAGAGUAGUCCUUUCAUCAACAGCAGUGAUGUUGAGAAAAGCCAGCAGUACGACGGCAAGAAUAUGGCCCUCUUCGAGGAGGAAAUGGACACCAGCCCCAUGGUCUCCUCCUUGCUCAGCAGCCUGGCCAACUACUCCAACCUCCCGCAGGGCAGCAAGGAGCACGAGGAGGCCGAGAACAACGAGGAGGCACGCAAGAAGCCCGUCAAGGCUCCACGAAUGGGCACCCUGAUGGGCGUCUACCUGCCCUGCCUGCAGAACAUCUUCGGGGUGAUCCUCUUCCUGCGAAUGACCUGGGUGGUGGGCAUCGGCGGGGUGAUGGGCUCCUUCAUCAUCGUCUUCAUGUGCUGUUCCACCACCAUGCUGACUGCAAUUUCCAUGAGUGCCAUCGCCACCAAUGGAGUUGUGCCAGCUGGGGGCUCCUACUACAUGAUCUCACGUUCCCUCGGGCCUGAAUUUGGGGGUGCUGUCGGCAUCUGCUUCUACCUGGGGACCACUUUCGCCGGAGCCAUGUAUAUCCUGGGGUGCAUCGAGAUCCUGCUGAUCUACAUUGUUCCCCAGGCGGCCAUCUUUAAGCUGGAGGGUCUGGAGGGGCCGGAGGCGGAGGCGGCGCUGCUCAACAACAUGCGCGUGUACGGCACCUGCGUGCUCACGCUCAUGGCCAUCGUGGUGUUCGUCGGCGUCAAGUACGUCAACAAGCUGGCCCUCCUCUUCCUCGCCUGCGUCAUAUGCUCCAUCCUGGCCGUCUACGCCGGCGUCAUCAAGACCUCCUUCGACCCCCCCGACUUCCCGGUCUGCAUACUCGGGAACCGCACCCUGGUCUGGAAGGGUUUUGACGUGUGCGCCAAGGUGAUCGAGAAGGACAAUGGCACCGUCACCACCAAGCUGUGGAGGCUGUUCUGCGACUCUGAGUUCCUCAACGCCACCUGUGACGAGUACUUCGUCAACAACAAUGUGACGGCGAUCCAGGGCAUUCCGGGCAUUACCAGUGGUAUCCUGGCAGAGAACAUUUUUGGCAAUUACAUGGAGAAGGGGAUGAUCGUUGAGAAACGGGGGGCCCCGUCAGUGAUGGACCCCGACGCUCCUGUCACCAACAGCAACCGAUACGUCCUCGCCGACAUCACCAGCUUCUUCACGCUGCUGGUCGGCAUCUACUUCCCCUCUGUCACAGGUAUCAUGGCUGGCUCCAACCGCUCUGGAGAUCUGCGGGAUGCUCAGAAGUCCAUCCCUAUCGGCACCAUCAUGGCCAUCACCACCACCUCACUAGUCUACAUGUCUAGUGUGAUUAUGUUUGGCGCCUGCAUUGAGGGGGUGGUGCUGAGGGACAAGUUUGGUGAAGCAGUCAAUGGCAAUCUGGUUAUUGGCACGCUGGCCUGGCCCUCCCCUUGGGUGAUUGUGAUUGGCUCCUUCUUCUCCACCUGCGGGGCGGGGCUGCAGAGUUUGACGGGAGCACCGCGCCUCCUACAGGCCAUCUCCCGCGAUGGCAUCGUGCCCUUCCUCAGGGUGUUUGGCCAUGGCAAGGCCAACGGAGAGCCCACCUGGGCUCUGCUCCUCACCGCCUGCAUCUGCGAGAGCGGGAUCCUCAUCGCCUCCCUGGACGCCGUCGCUCCCAUCCUCUCCAUGUUCUUUCUGAUGUGCUACAUGUUUGUUAAUCUCGCCUGUGCCUUGCAAACCCUGCUGCGCACCCCCAACUGGAGGCCGCGCUUCAAGUUCUACCAUUGGGCCCUGUCUUUCCUGGGCAUGAGUUUGUGUCUCUCUCUCAUGUUUAUCUGCUCAUGGUACUACGCCAUCGUCGCCAUGGUGAUCGCUGGCUGCAUCUACAAGUACAUCGAGUUCCGUGGGGCGGAGAAGGAGUGGGGAGACGGGAUCCGAGGCGUGUCACUCAGCGCAGCGCGAUUCGCCCUCAUGAGGCUGGAGGAGGGGCCCCCACACACCAAGAACUGGAGGCCUCAGCUGCUGGUGCUGGUCAGUGUAGAUGCGGAGCAGAAUGUGGAACAGCCCCGCCUGCUGUCCUUAACCAACCAGCUGAAGGCGGGCAAGGGCCUGACCAUUGUGGGCACUGCCCUGGAGGGCACCUUCCUGGACAAUCACCCGCAGUCCCAGCGUGCAGAGCAGUCCCUACGGAAGCUAAUGGAGACGGAGAAGGUGAAGGGCUUCUGCCAGGUGGUCAUCUCCUCCAACCUGCGGGACGCCACGUCUCACCUGCUCCAGGCCGGAGGGCUCGGGGGCCUGCAGCACAACACGGUGCUGGUGAGUUGGCCGCGCAACUGGAAGCAGCCGGAGGAGCACCAAACCUGGAGGAACUUCAUCGAGCUCGUGAGGGAGACCACCGCGGCCCACCUGGCCCUCCUGGUGCCCAAGAACAUCUCGGCCUUCCCAUCCAACGGAGAGCGCUUCACCGAGGGACACAUUGAUGUCUGGUGGAUCGUCCACGACGGAGGCAUGCUGAUGCUGUUGCCCUUCCUGCUGCGCCAGCACAAGGUGUGGAGGAAGUGCAAGAUGCGCAUCUUCACUGUGGCCCAGAUGGAUGACAACAGCAUUCAGAUGAAAAAGGACCUGACAACCUUCCUCUAUCACCUGCGCAUCGACGCCGAAGUGGAGGUGGUGGAGAUGCAUGACAGUGACAUCUCAGCCUACACCUAUGAGAAGACCCUAGUGAUGGAGCAGCGGUCACAGAUCCUAAAACAGAUUAAUCUCAGCAAGAACGAACGUGAGCGAGAGAUCCAAUGCAUCACUGACGUGUCCCGCGGUUCGAUCCGCCGCAAAAACCCGGCUGCCGUGGGCACUCAGCUGAGCGUGACUGAGGAGCAGCCCGGGGGCAGUGAGGAGGAGAAGCCUGAGGAGGAGGUGCAGCUGAUACAUGACAAGAAUGCCACCCCCACCACCCCCGCCAGCCCCCAGUCCCCCGCAGAGGGCGCUGAGACCCCCGGAGAGAAAGUGCAGAUGACCUGGUCCGACAAAUUCGACGGGGACAAGGGGAAGCCCCCAGGCGCCACCUCGCCGGAGGGCAUCAAGGACAUCUUCAACAUGAAGCCGGAAUGGGAGAACCUGAACCAGUCCAACGUGAGGCGUAUGCACACUGCCCUGAGACUGAAUGGCGUCAUUGUCAAUAAAUCCCAGGAGGCCAAGCUGGUUCUCCUAAACAUGCCUGGGCCACCCAAGAACAGGGCAGGUGAUGAGAACUACAUGGAGUUCCUUGAGGUCCUGACCGAAGGUCUCAACCGCGUCCUCCUCGUGCGUGGUGGAGGGCGUGAGGUCAUCACCAUCUACUCCUGAGGGGCCCAUCCGUCACCCCCAUUCCGACCCCUCACC